ACGCGCCUCACACAUUCGUUUCAUAGUUUGGUCGACUGUCACGGAGUUCGGAGCCGCUCAAGCCACUCAAAGAUAAAUUGUUGUUACAAUCUUUAUUCUCCACAUUUUUUUGUUUGUUUUUGGUGCCCCCAACUAUUCAUACAUAGAAUAGAAAUUGUAAAAAUAAGGCCAUCAGGAUGAUCGUGCAGCCGCUGCGCCGAACGAGGUCCAUCGAUGACGAUCAUACGCCAACGGGGCAUCGGUGGCAGAGGCCGUAAGACAGCGAAUGGCCUGCACGAGAGCCGGUUACGAUACCGGGACCGUCAGCCACACCACAGAGUUCAACGCACGCGUCGGGCUGUACAGUUUUUGGUGAGUUUCGUCGAACAGGAUCCCUAUAGGAAUACCUAACACAAGCAAUAUCGUACAGGUGCCAUUGAAAACAAAAAAAGCAGCGAGAUGCCGGGUAGCGGUGGAGCGGCGAUGAAGCAAAAAAGGUCCACCAGCAACGGUAGAAUCAAAAAGAAGAGGACCGGCGAGGCCAAGGAAGAGGAGGAAGAGGAGGAGGAGCAGGUGGAGUUGAGGUCGUUGCGGCGGACGAGGUUUCACGUAAACAGGGUGGACAGCAUGGAGGGCCGGGUGAGCCUGUUGGGCGAACAGGAGGCCAGAAAGUCCCUCUCGAUGAGGAACUUGACCAGGGAGGUGCUCCCGAGGCUCGACAACUACCGGAACAUCCUCAGCGUCCAAGCGGCCCACCGGCCGUCCCUCGACGAGCUUCACAAUUACUCCUCCCUCGACAAGAACACGGCAUACCACGUGGGCGGAGCGAGCAGUUCCUCAGGCCCGCAGGCGAAGCAAACGGCCACUGGUGUGAAAUUCGGAUGGAUCCAGGGGGUUUUGAUAAGAUGUCUCUUGAACAUAUGGGGAGUCAUGCUGUUUCUGCGGCUCUCCUGGGUCGUCGCUCAAACCGGCGUUGGAGAAGCCAUACUGCUGAUCUCCACGACGACGGUCGUCACGACCAUAACGUCGCUCUCCAUGUCGGCGAUAAGCACGAAUGGCCUGAUCAAAGGGGGUGGCACGUACUACAUGAUAUCGAGGUCCCUGGGCCCGGAGUUCGGCGGCUCGAUCGGCUUGAUAUUUUCCCUGGCCAACGCCGUGGCCUGCGCCAUGUACAUCGUCGGUUUCUGCGAGAGCCUGGUCGAUCUGCUCAAAACCCACGACGCCUGCAUCUUCGGCUGCGACAGUAGCGAUAUACGGGUAAUCGGAGUCGUAACCAUCGUGGUCCUACUUCUCAUCGUGAUGGUGGGCAUGGAGUGGGAGGCCAAGGCUCAACUGGUCCUCCUGGUCAUCCUGCUUUUGGCGCUAGCCGACUUUUUCAUCGGAACAAUUUUAGGACCGAAAAAUGACACCGAGAAGGCCAAGGGCUUCGUGGGUUACAGCUUCGAUCUGCUCAAGGAGAAUUUCCCGCCCGACUACAGGCGAACCGAGGGGACCAUGCACAACUUUUUCUCCGUUUUUGCCAUUUUUUUCCCCGCCGCGACCGGUAUACUGGCCGGCGCUAACAUAUCCGGAGACCUGAAGGAUCCCCAGUCAGCUAUACCCAAGGGCACACUCCUGGCCAUCCUCAUAACGACGUGUUCCUACCUCCUGAUGGCCGUGAUGGUGGGGGCGACGGUGAUGCGUGACGCGAGCGGCGACGUGUCCGACCUGUACGACGCUUUCAACGCAUCCUCGGCUAAAAUGCCAUCCCCCAACGGCACGGCACUGGACGAUCAAGCCGCGAGGAGUUGGAGCAUCUACGGUACCGAUUUCAACUGUACCUCCACCAGAUCAUGCGCCUACGGCACCCAGAACAGCUUUCAGGUGAUUGAGCUGGUGGCAGCGUUCGGGCCGUUCAUCAACGCGGGCUGCUUCGCCGCGACCUUGUCUAGCGCCCUGGCGUCCCUGGUCUCGGCGCCAAAGGUUUUCCAGGCCCUGUGCAUGGACAAACUCUACCCUGGAGUCAGCUGGUUCAGCGGCGAGGAGGGCAAGGAGCCAGUCAGGGGCUACCUCCUCGCCUUCGUCAUCGCCGUUGGUUUUAUUCUCAUAGGUGAAUUGAACGCCAUCGCGCCCCUCAUCUCCAACUUCUUCCUGGCCGCCUACACCCUCGUCAAUUUCAGUACUUUCCACGCGUCGUUCACCAAACCCAUUGGCUGGCGACCGACCUUCAAGUAUUACAACAUGUGGCUGAGCCUAUUGGGGGCGAUAUUGUGCGUAGCCGUGAUGUUCCUGAUUUCGUGGUGGACCGCGUUGAUAACGCUAUCGGCCGUCCUUGCCCUGUACUUGGUGGUCUCCUACAGAAAACCCGAUGUCAAUUGGGGGUCGAGCACGCAAGCACAGACGUACAACAACGCCCUGACGUCGGUCCAGCACUUGGACCGGGUCGAAGAGCACGUGAAGAAUUACAGGCCCCAGAUACUGGUGCUGACGGGCAAGCCGUACUCGAGAUCGUCGUUGCUCGACUUUGCCCACCAGAUCACGAAAAACCAGAGCCUCCUCGUGUGCGGCCACAUCCUCGAGAGUCCCAUAUCGCACAAGACCAAGUCGGUGAUGUUGAUGAAAACGAGCGCGUGGCUGAGGAGUAACAAAAUCAAGGCUUUCUACUCGGUCAUCGACGGCGCGACCUUCCAAGAGGGUGCCACCUCGCUCAUGCAAGCGUGCGGCCUCGGGAAAAUGCGCCCCAACAUCCUGCUCAUGGGAUACAAACAGGACUGGCUCACGUGUCCUAGGAACGAGUUGGUCAUGUACUUCAACGUCAUGCAUAAAUCCCUGGACAUGCACAUCGCGGUCGCUCUGCUGAGAACGAGUCCGAAUUUCGAGGAUGACAACGCCGAGGAGGAGCUCGGGGAGUCGCACAAGAAGGACUCGUCGGCUAGGCUCGCGACCAAUCCCAGCUUUUCUCAGCUCAGCCAGGCCAGCAGUGUCUCGGACGUGUCGAUACCGGGCAGUCCCACCCCCAGGAGGGGCGAGAAAGCCAUCGAGGAGAGCCCGAGCGGUAACGCGUCGUCGGGCAAGACAGAGGAGCGAAACGGCCAGCAAAAGUACGGGGCCGGAGUGCCGGCGAGUCACGCCAUCAUCAGCGAGCUAAGCCAAUUCCAGAGGAAGCAGAAAAAAGGCACCAUAGACGUGUGGUGGCUGUACGACGACGGUGGCCUCACCCUACUGCUGCCCUACAUAAUAAGCACGCGCAGGAACUGGUCGAGCUGCAAACUCCGGGUCUUCGCCUUGGCCAACAGGUACUCCGAGCUAGAGUACGAGCAGAGAAACAUGGCGAGUCUGCUCUCAAAAUUCCGGAUAGAUUACUCGGCGCUCAAGGUCAUAUCGGGCAUAUCCAAGCCGGCGCUGAGGCACACGGCCGAUUUCUUCGAGUCCCUCGUUGCCGAUUUCAUGCAAGACAACGACGCCAAUUGCGCGGCUGCGUACGACGAGGGUAGCGUGAUCAAAGAGUCCGAGAGAUUGGCCAUGAAGGAGAAGACCAACCGGCACCUGCGUUUGCGCGAGCUGUUGCAGGAGCACUCGCUGGGAGCCAAUCUCAUUGUCAUGACACUGCCUAUGCCGCGAAAGGGUGCCGUUUCGGCGCCCCUGUACAUGGCGUGGCUAGAGGCGCUCACGAGGGACAUGCCCACAUUCCUGCUGGUUCGGGGAAACCACUCGUCCGUUUUGACCUUUUACUCGUGACAGUCGUCGUCUCUCACCGCGGCUAUUUACAUCGUGGAUUGGAGAAGGAAGGAAAAUUCAUCAACGUCACGUUUUAUACGACAAUCAAGUUGUUUCUGAUUUUAAAUUAAUUUUAGUGUGAAAGUAACGUCAAAGUAUAUCAUGUUAUUGCGUGAAAAAUUAUGCGCCUCUUGCUUUGGUUGCACGCGUAAAUAAAUUAUUGUGUGCACGCCGAUGGUUGAAAAAAAAAAAAAACAAAAAAAAAUCAUCGAUCCA